AUGGUGCCCCAGUCCCUCGAUCCUUCGGGCUACUAUCCCAUCGCAUUCAUGGCAAGCCAUAUGUCUCUUGGGAUGAACCUGAAGAGGGCGACGAAAAUCAUCGACGAGUAUAUGAAAGACUAUGCCGUCAACAACUUCACCGGAAACGACCUCCAAGAUCUCAAAGCUGUCGACGAGUGGCACCUGACCGACAAGGAGAAGCCGUGGGAAUACAACAUCCCGCAGGCCUUUGAAGAGGCAAACAAGAAGGUGGAAAUCCGUAUUUCCUCCGGGUCUGGAAAAACAGACGAUGGACUCUACCGGUUCAGGAUGCCUGAGGACAUGACAAUGGGAGACAAGAAACUCCCUAAAAACCUGAGAAUCACUUCGUAUAGUGACGAGGUCACGGUCAAGACAGGGGUCAUGAACGAGGGGCUCAGAGACGCCUACCACCGCCUCUUCCCCAUCGCCAAGUUCCAAGACUUCGCUAGCACCGAGUUCACCGGAAAGAAAAACGUCUACGCCAACUGCGAAGCCCUGCGCAACAAAAUGCACCGCUGGUGUGGCGAGCCCCCGGCUCCCAAGGAUGGCGACACGGUAUCGCAGCUUGGACACAUGCCCGCCGUUGUCGUUGCCGCCUUUGGUCCCUAUUUUGGUUUCAUCACUGGGUACACGUAUCUCAUCCCCGAUAAGCAGCCGUACAUUGCCGACGGCGUGUACGACAGACAAGCCUACCUGGAAGCCAUCAAGAGCGAGCUGACGGACAAGUACAACGCGGCGCGCAAUGCUGCCGAGAAAUCGGUCAUCAGCGCCGACCCCGGCGACACGGACGGCGGCACCUUUGACGACUACGCCGUGAAUGUGGCCUACGGGAAAAUGGCCCUCGGCGGCCGCCAAUUCACCGUGUACAUUUUCGUCGGCAAGGUCCCGUCGACGCUGCCCUACGACGUCCAUGGCCCCAAAGGCAGCCUCGUGGGCCAGGUGGUCAGCUUCACGUCGCUGGCCACCGAGGCCGGGGGUGGAGGACAGGGCUGCACCAAGUGCACGCAGCAGGCCGUGGACCGCACCCAGGCGACGGGCCGCGUGGUGCUGACGAACGGGCUGAUCACGCGCUGGAAGCAGCAGCUGGUGCACACGCCCAGGUCGUCGACUUCUUCUUCCGGAGGCAGUCCGCCGCCGGCGGCGCUGGCGAGCAUGAGCCCCGUCGAUUUAGUGCACUUCCUGGAGGCCAACCUGCACUGGCGCGUCACCACAGACGACGACGGCCUUCUUGUCGACGACUUGGAAGCUGUGCUGCCGUCGCUCAAGGUCUCGCUCGUGGCCGGCAAGGCGCAGCACUUUCCAGAACCGGCAGAGCUGUCGCGUCUUUGGGAUUUCCGUCCGGCGUACCAGGUUACGGCCGGCCGGCCGGGUGGAGCCAAGCGCGAGGAUAGUCUGUAUCCGGCGGGGGAGGAGUGGCAGGCUGAGGCCUAG